UCUUCUGCUUCGCGGCGUUCUAAAAGGGGGGAGGGCGAGGGGGCCAAGGAAACCCGACGGCGGCGAUGGAGAAGGUGCCCUGCCGUGCCGCGCGCGCUGUGCCGAUGAUGAUGAUGACGACGACGACGACGACGGUGGUGGUAAUGGUGGUAGUGGUGGUGGUGGAGCUGAUGGUGGUGGUAGUAGUAAGGAAGGGAAAGAGAAGACGAGACGCGGAGAGGCGAAGGGAGAGUCCUGCCCAGCGUGGACCUGUGCCUCAUUGCAUGGCCGACCUGGAGACUCGCUCUCCGCAAGGUGAGACGCGCGGACCGAAGAGGAGGCCUCGAAGGAUCGGCAGGAAUUCUCGUGAAAGCCGACUCCUCGUUCGCAUGCUCGUGAUCGCGCGCGCGCGAGAUCGUGCUCUCCCCGUGCUGCGUCCGUCGACCGUCACCUUUCUUCUCUUUCCCGUUUACUCUCUCUCUCUCUCUUUCUUUCUCUCCUCUCGCACGUUAAUACCGGCCUCUCCGUCUCUCUUCGUGUACCGGAAAAAUCGAAUGAGUGAUCCGUAAUUUUUUGUCCCGGGGAAUCCCCCGACUUUCCACGGAGUGUACUUGGUGGAGAUCCGCUUGAACAGUGUCCUAGAUCGCUCCAAACACUCCGACGGUGCGAGACCAGGUCGCAGAUCGUCGCUGGAAACAGUUUGCUCUCGUGGACUAGGCCAAGUUGCACGCGUGUGUUUGUUGUCCCUGACUUCGCUCUUCGCGAAGAGAUUCGAGUUGGAGUUCGGUGGUUGAAACUCGAGCGUCGUCGUGGAAGCGAUAUACCGAAAAGGCAAGGUGCAAAGUCGACACAUUUGACAGUGAUAACGCGCACAGCUUCUGGUAUCGAGCGCGCACGAAUUCGAUCCCUGGUGCGGCCGUGCGACCUCAUAUAUCAGCGCGAGUCUGCUUACACACACACAUAGCGAGACGCUGACAGUUGCGAACGAUGUCAGUUGUCUCGCGACACGAAGCUGAAUGAAAUCGUUGAGAAUCGACGAGUACUUUUACACACCAGUGCGUCUCGGAACAGUAUCGCGAAGUCGCGUCACUCUUCGAGGGGUGGAUGUGGUGCGUCGACAAUGAAUAAUUCGGAUGCUCCUUGGUGCGCGCAAGUGUAAACGUAGGUUGCCAACUCCGCUAGACUCGUCGCGAAAGUGAACGUCGGAGUUUCUGCCAAGAGAGUUUCUGCAAUCGCGCCGCUCAUCUCGUCUCGGGAUUACGCCUCGCGCACCGCAUGAAUGUUAAACUGAGACAGUCGUGACAACUUUAACUUCACCGGACAUGCGACAUGCACGGUGAAGAAGGGAAAGCUAUGGCAGCGGCGGAAACGGUUCUGCGCAGCACCUUCGGUCCUCUCCUCGUUCAUGACAGUCGACGGGCCCACGAAGCAGAAGAGGGAUUCCUCGCUCAGGUCACCUUGACAAGGCCUACGGGUUCGUGAAGGGCAUGAAAGCUCAUCAUGUUCAACCACCGACGCGGGCUACAAGCGCUGUCGACCUGCAACCUCCUCGGCGUGACAUUCCUCCUACUGAUCGUCGCCGGUAGCUACGAUGUGUCAGCGGAUCUCAAUUCCGAGUUCGUUAAAGGGAAAAUCUGCAUCGGUACCAAUGGCCGCCUCUCCGUACCCUCCAACAAGCAGCACCACUACCGGAAUCUUCGAGACCGGUACACCAACUGUACUUACGUCGAUGGUAACUUGGAGAUCACAUGGCUCCAGAACAAAACCUUCGACCUCAGUUUCCUCCAGUAUAUACGGGAGGUCACCGGUUACGUCCUCAUCAGUCACGUGGACGUACACAGGAUCGUUCUGCCGAGGCUACAGAUCAUCCGUGGCAGGACCCUCUUCAAGCUCAAUAUUCACGACCACGAGUUCGCCCUCUUCGUUACAAUGUGCCAGAUGCACAACCUGGAGAUGCCGGCCCUCAGAGAUAUACUCAACGGGAGCGUGGGCAUGUACAACAACUACAACCUCUGCCACAUCAAGACUAUCAAUUGGGAGGAAAUAAUUACCGGUCAAGGCGGCCGAUACUUCUACGUGUACAAUUUCACAUCGCCGGAGCGCGCCUGUCCGGAUUGUGACGCUAGCUGCGAGCAGGGCUGCUGGGGCGAAGGCCCGGAGAACUGUCAAAGGUACUCGAAGACGAACUGCUCACCUCAGUGCUGGCAAGGCAGGUGCUUCGGCCCUAAUCCGCGCGAGUGUUGCCAUCUUUUUUGCGCCGGUGGGUGUACCGGUCCCAAACAGAGCGAUUGUCUUGCCUGCAAGAAUUUCUUCGAUGACGGCGUGUGCACACAGGAAUGCCCGCCUAUGCAAAAGUACAAUCCAACCACGUACUCCUGGGAGACAAACCCCGAGGGAAAAUACGCUUACGGUGCGACUUGCGUGAGACGAUGUCCAGAACAUCUUUUAAAGGACAAUGGAGCGUGCGUGAGGUCCUGCCCGCCGAAGAAGAAGGCGGUGAACGGCGAGUGUGUACCUUGCAACGGCCCUUGCCCGAAAACCUGCAAAGGCGUCGAGAAGGUGCAUUCCGGUAAUAUCGACUCCUUCAAAGACUGCACCAUCAUCGAAGGUUCCAUCACGAUCCUGGACCAAAGCUUCCAAGGCUUCCAGCACGUUUUUCCGAAUUAUACGUUCGGCAAGCGAUACGAGUCGAUGCAUCCGAACAAGCUCGAAGUGUUCAAAACGCUGAAGGAGAUCACGGGCUUCCUGGACAUCCAAGGGGAUCAUGCAGACUUCAAGAAUCUCUCGUACUUUCGAAAUCUUGAGGUGAUCGGCGGGAGAACGCUCACGGAAUACUUCGCGUCAUUGUACAUCGUCAAGACUUCCUUGGUGUCCUUCGGGUUGAACUCUUUGAAGAAAAUCCUCUCCGGCUCCAUCGCCAUUCUGGAGAAUAAGAACCUAUGUUAUGCGCAGAGUAUUAAUUGGACCAGGAUCAAGAAGUCGCCCGAACACGAGUGUCUCUUGCAGAACAAUCGAAACGAGAGCAAAUGCAUCAAGGACGGUUUCGUGUGCCACGAGCAAUGCUCGGACGAAGGAUGCUGGGGACCGGGACCGGCGCAAUGUUUGUCCUGCAAGAACGUCAAACUGGGGAACGAUUGCCUUCAAGAUUGCACCGCGCCGGGUAUUUAUCGAGCGGACGAGAAAACCUGCAAGCCGUGUCACGUCGAGUGCGACGGCUCCUGCACGGGUCCUAAUGCCGAGCAAUGCACCAAGUGCAAACACGUGCGCGACGGGCCGUUUUGCGUGCCUGAGUGCCCGUCCUCCAAGUACAACGACAACGGCGAGUGCAAACACUGCCACGAGAACUGCGUGGGCGGCUGCGAGGGGCCGGAGAACAACAUAGGCGCCAACGGAUGUCAUAGUUGCGAAAAGGCAAUUAUGAACGGACACGUACCGGAGGGAUGUUUGCAGAAGAAAGAGCCAUGUCCCGAUGGACAUUACUACGAGUGGGUGAGUCCGCAAGAGCAAGGUGCUUUAAAACCUCUCGCUGGAAAGGCGGUCUGUCGCAAGUGCCACCCACGUUGUAAGAAGUGCACAGGAUACGGCUUCCACGAGCAGGUGUGUCAACAGUGUACCAAAUACAAGAGGGGAGAGCAAUGCGAGGACGAGUGCUCCUCCGAUCAUUUCGCGGAUGCUGACACGCAGCUAUGCAUACCGUGCUUCGGCGAGUGCCGAGGGUGCUUCGGGUCGGGCCCGCAUCAAUGCUACAAGUGCCGAAACUACAAAAUUUACAUCGAUGGCGAUCCGGGUGACAAUUCGACAUCCUUCAACUGCACGGAUACUUGCCCGUCGGAAUAUCCUCACAAGAUCUUCCCGCCGGACAACGAGCCAUACUGUUCAGUAGAGAUGAUAGGUCUCGGCUUCCAAAUGGAUAACGAGCUCAAACCCGCCAUUCUGGUCGGAGUGAUGCUCGUCAUGCUGGUGUUUAUCGUCACCGCCAUUGUGACAAUAUACUUCUGGCGGAUGAGAACGAAAGCCAAGGAGAACACGGUAAAGAUGACGAUGGCAUUGACCGGUUUGGACGAUAACGAGCCGCUUCGACCGACGGGCGUGAAGCCGAAUUUGGCGAAGCUGCGCAUCAUCAAGGAAGAAGAGAUGAGGAAGGGUGGUAUACUAGGCUUUGGUGCUUUCGGCAACGUGUACAAAGGCGUGUGGGUGCCAGAAGGGGAGAACGUGAAGAUCCCGGUGGCUAUAAAGGUUCUGCACGAUGGUACGGGUGCGAAUACGUCCAAAGAGUUCCUCGACGAGGCUUACAUUAUGGCCAGCGUCGAACAUCCGAAUCUGCUGCAAUUGCUCGCGGUCUGCAUGACGUCGCAGAUGAUGCUGGUAACCCAGCUAAUGCCUCUAGGCUGCCUGUUGGACUUCGUGCGCAGGUUCAAGGAUAAAAUCGGCUCCAAGGCACUGCUAAAUUGGUGCACGCAGAUCGCAAAAGGCAUGGCAUAUCUUGAAGACAGGAGAUUGGUCCACCGUGAUCUGGCGGCGCGGAAUGUCCUCGUGCAGACGCCGAAUUGUGUCAAGAUCACCGACUUCGGACUCGCUAAGUUAUUGGACAUCAACGAAGAGCAGUACAAGGCCGCGGGCGGCAAGAUGCCGAUCAAGUGGUUGGCGUUGGAGUGCAUUCAGCACCGGGUCUUCACUCACAAAUCUGACGUGUGGGCCUUUGGCGUGACUAUCUGGGAAGUUCUCACCUACGGCGGCAGACCUUACGAGAACGUUCCCGCCCGGAACGUGCCGGAACUGCUGGAGAAAGGCGAGAGGCUGCCACAGCCUAAGAUCUGCACGAUCGACGUGUAUAUGAUUAUGAUAAAAUGUUGGAUGCUCGACGCUGAGUCCAGACCGAGCUUCAAGGAGCUCGCAGAGGACUUUGCAAAGAUGUCCAGGGACCCCGGUCGAUAUCUCGCCAUUAUAGGGGAUAAAUACAUGAGACUGCCUUCGUACACACCGCAGGAUGAAAAAGAGAUGAUACGGAAUCUCGCGUCAGCGAUGGACGGUCCGGAAGCUCUGGUGGACGCCGACGAGUAUCUGCAGCCUAAGUCACGGGCCCCGAUUCCGCCCACGAUCUCCGCGUCGAGUACUUCGGGCUCGCCGCCAAAUACACCGGUGAAGUCGUGUUGGCCGAACGGCAAGCCGCUCGCCGCUGAUUCUCCGACGCCACAGAAUCAGCAAAACUGGGACCGGGAGCUUCUGAGAUACGGCGGAACUCACGGGAACGGUAGCGCGUCGCAUGAGGCAGGGAACUCCGGCCAACAUACGCAUUACGCGCAUCCCAAGGCUCACUGCGCUCACGUCGGAGGGUCUGACAGCUCGAGUUCGAGAUAUUGCUCGGACCCGUUGAAGAUGGUCGGCGUUAGAGACUGCGAUGUGACGGACGAUUGUUUCGACACCGAAGUAAACUCCGUGCAUCAGCAGGCUCAGGUGGGGAACCUGAAAUUGGACUUACCGUUAGAUGAGGACGACUACCUCAUGCCGUCGCCGCAAUUGCCAGCCAACACGACGCAAUACAUGGAUCUCAUCGGGGAAUCUAAGCCAACGGAACCCGAACCGAAACGGUUGAACAACGGCUUCAGAAAGUAUCCGGAUUUCCUCACUAUCCAAGGAAAGACGUCGUUGGACAAUCCGGAGUACAUAAUGUCUCAGGACGAGGGUCCGCUCACGCCGCAGACCCUGGGUAUCCCUACGCCAGACUUGGAAAAGGUGCUGACGAACGGCGCGUUCGGAUCUCAAGUUAGGCAACGAAGUUCCGAGGAGGAGUCGGAUCACGAGUAUUACAAUGACUUUGAUCGGCUGGAACGCGAGCUGCAGCCGUUGAAACCUCUCAGGAAGAACGAGACGACGGUGUGAUUCCGGGAGGAUACGUACGGAGUACGCGAAACGAACUAACGAUUGUUCCAUGGGAUCGGGAUUCCGCUCCCGUGAAAAUCCACUUGGCCGAGGAAGAGGAUAACGCGAUCGAACCUGAGAGUGGAAGUGGAUCGAGUUACUCGGUUUCCGAAGAGGAGGAGGACCCAUUGUACUUAGAAAAGACGCUUCGCUCAAGUGCCGCGCUUAAUUGUGAUUAGAUUACAUAAGCUAGAGAGACUCGAGUGCGUAUUACGUGAUAGUAAGUAAGACGAGAAAAGAGACUACGUGGACGCGCCGGAAAUCGCAGGGAUCGCGCGACAGCGACGUCCCUCGAACAAGUAGUGCAAAACUAUUCUUAACGUGCCAUUCGCCGUGGCUUGUAAAUAACUCUUUUCGUAUUAGCUUUCUGGAAGACGUGAGGAACAUCUUAGGACUUAAUUUACGACGACGACGUCUGAGAUCGUUUCCGCUUAGUAGCUUCCCUCCGAUUUAAAUCCGAGACACUUCGGACAAACCAGCGUGGUCGCUGUUGAAAUUUCGAUAAUACGGGGACCACUCGCAUCUAUUUUAGGCAGGUUCCUUAUGUCGAACGAGAUAUUUGAAAUAUCCCGGGAAAUCGCUCAAGAAAAGUUUUAACAAAAGUCUUCUAGUUGUUAUAUUUUUUUUUAUUUUAUCAUUUUUUAUAAACGCACGCACAAGUUCGCUCAUGAUAACACCUUACAUCGUUGAACUCUUUCGCAGCAAGUGCAAAAUUAAAUAUACUACCAAUUGAAUAGCCAAUUAAAAGUAUUUAUACGAUACUGAAAAUUUCAAUAAACUUUGAAUAUUAUAAUAUUCAAAAUAUUAUAAUAUUGAAUAUUAUAAUAUUAUAAUACUAUAAUAUAUUAUAAUUAUUAUUUUAUAAUAUAAUUAUGAUACAAUAAUUAUAAUUAUAUAUGUUAUAUUUUUAUAAUUACUGUAUGUUAUAUAUUAGAAAUGUUAUUCAAUUAAAAGAUUUUAUUAAUAUACGGACUUGAUCGAAAGAGUUGAGCAAUGCAUGGCAACGUAUAGCAACUUGUAAAGGAGUUUUAAUGUAGCAAUUAUGAAAUGUCUCGCGUGUAGAAUUGUGAACGUUAACUGGUCCCAUCGCAAAGGUCGGCUGACAAUAAUGUAUGAUUAAAUUUGACGAACAAUUUCACUCGUUAUUUUCUACGUGACUGUCAUAUAUCAUAAUCAACACUAAUCGAUGUUAGUACAACCGGGUUGAAAUGUUUAUGCGGCACACCGCUGACUGUGAUACAAAUUACCUGAAUUUCUCCCGACAAAACACCCAAAUAUCGCAGCGACAGCAUCUUCCUUCUCGCGGAUAAACGGGAAUUUUUCAUGAGAAAGUAGGACGCCCGAAAUCGCUUUCGCACUGCUUCAGGAGCCCGCAGUAAGCUACGACAGCGGAGCGCGCAUUGUCCUAUUUUACUGCCGAAAAUAAAUUCGCUUCGCGUCAAAAGUCGGUCAUGAACGCGAUUCUACUUAAAGUACAGAGGAGAAUAAAGAGAUUCGACGGCGCUUUCCCCUCCUCUUACGCCAUCGUUCUCGCGAUGCAGGGUUAACGAAAUUGGCCCCGAGCUGGAAAUCACGAGAGAUUUCGAUUUUUAUACACGAAACGCAAUUUUUGUACAUAGUUUACCAAGUAAUGUAAUAGACGGAAAAAAAGGGGCAGAAUUCAAUCGUGCGAGUAGAAAGACGGAGAGUACUUGAACGAAAUCAGUAACCAUAUGUCGUCGUGUGACAUCUGCGACUCGCGCUUAGCCGCGUCAAGUAAUACGAUAGGACGUGCCAUGUUGUAUGUACAGGAGAAAUAAAGAAAAAGACAAAAGAAUUGGGAAAUAUAAAAUACAUACGCGCGAAGGGGUGACACUUUUUCGAACGAAACGGAUCUACAUUGUAUCUUUUAGAAAUUUUCAACGGGAACUCUGUGUUGUACGGACCUUAUAUUUGUUGUAGAUGAGUGCGGACGUGCGCGGGACUGACGAUCUCUCUCGUCUCUGGAAGAACAAUAACCCACAUUUCACGAGUUAAACAACCAGCGUCAUUUCACAGCGUCGCCCGAAAAAUGACGUUAGUUGUUCUACGAUCUUCCGCAUCAGCCCAAAAUUGUCGCGAUCGCGUUCUGUGAUAACAAUGAUGAAACAAAAAAUCGAUAGCAAUUGCGAGGAUUGUUCUGACAGUCGUUCCGCGCGCGAGAAACGAAACAAUCCGCGUAGAUCGUCCAGUCUCGCUGCGCGCCGCGCGGUAUCUUAUCCGUAACAAUAUAAGCCAAUACAUAUCGUGUACAUUGCGCGCAUUGUGUUACUAAUUAGUAUUAUUAUUAUUGUCAUUAUAAUAGAUCGGUUUUGUAAUAUAUCGUUUCAUUACGCCGCGUCUUCUAAAGCGCGAGAGGACAGAAGAUGUCCUCUUUUUUCUCUUUCUUUCUUUCUCUCUCUUUCUUUCUUUCUCUGUCUCUCUCUUUCUCUCUCGCACAUUCGGUCUCGCGUAUGUAAAUCAGACUGUAACUAAGCGUGUAUCAAUUAGAAAUUGUACAUUGUAAUCGAACAAACCGACACGAAAAGAACGUUACGAGAUCGUGAGAAAUUGCAUUUGCCAUUCGGUUGUGGACAUAGAACUUAUAGAUCUUUAUUGUAUAUCAUUAUAUAAAUAUAGAUAUAUAUAUACAUCGUAAAGAUUUAUUGUAAUAAAGUAAAUCACAUUUCCA